AGCCAAGCGAACAGCCAGAGAAGGACAACAGCAGAGAAGCAGAGGACGCGAAGAAGGACACAGUCACAGCAGCUCACGCAGACAACAAGCGCUGAGAAGGACACAUCAAACCCACAGAGGCACAGUCCACAGGAAGGCACGGCAAGCAAAGCAUAGCAGACAAGCGAGGAACAGCAUCAGCGCGAUCACACACACACACACAGACAGACACACAGACACACAGACACACACGGACACACACACGCGCUCAAACAACGCACUGCGUCGUCGCAACCAUGAGCGCGCUGAUUGACGCUUGCGAGCAAGGGGACCUGGACCAGGUCAAGCGCCUGCUGUUGGAAGGUGAUCCGGCCAAAGGUGGAGCAAAGCCGAACGUCAACGAGGAGCUGGAUGAAGAAUUCGGCGCAUCUGGGCUGCACUGGGCAAGUGCUUUCGGACAUGAGGCAGUUGUGCGGUAUCUUGUUGAGCAGGGAGCAGACGUCAAUAGGGCAGCGAAUGAGGGCGCAACACCGCUGUACAUCGCGUGUCAGAAUGGCCACGAGGCUGUUGUGCGGUAUCUUGUUGAGCAGCGAGCAGACGUGCACCAGGCGAUGAACGAUGGCACAACACCGCUGUGGACAGCGAGCUUCAAUGGUCACGAGGCUGUUGUGCGGUAUCUUGUUGAGCAGCGAGCAGACGUGCACCAGGCGAACAACAAUGGCACAACACCGCUGUACAUCGCGUGUCAGAAUGGCCACGAGGCUGUUGUGCGGUAUCUUGCUGAGCAGGGAGCAGACGUGUACAAGGCAGACAAAGAUGGAUGGACACCGCUUCACAUUGCAUGUCACCAAAACCGCCUUCGCGUCGUUCGUACUCUCCUCCAACUGGGCGCCAACCCCACUGUCAAGACUGGAUGGCUUUUUGGCAAAACUGCGUUGGACUUUGCGCAUCAGCGUGGCAACAGCGACAUUGUAACGCUUCUCUCGCAUCCUCAGCCCCGCCACUAUGCGGAGAUGACGUCCAUCAUGAGCGAUAUCGCUGAGCGCUCCGGCACGCGGAUGGCGGCACGCGCGAAACUGAUGUUUGUUGGUGAGGGGCGGGCUGGCAAGACAACCACGCUUCGCUCGUUGAUGGGGAAGAGGUUCCAGCGGACGCAAGACUCGACCCGAGGCGCUACAGCCCACGACACUGCAGUCAUUGUCAACACCAAGGAUGUCUUCAGCUGGAAGGCCACGGAUGGCAGGCUGUCGGAGUAUCUGCGUACGCUGCGAGACACGGCGCUGGCGAGAAAGACCAAGUUGGCCAAGAAAAUGAGACAGCGUGCAGACAGGGCAGCGGCUGAGCACCAGCAGCGCGUGAGACAGCAACAACGAGAACAGCAAGAAGCAACGUGCCAACACACACCGCGCGGUGAGGAACAAGAUCAGGGGAGUGCCACCGACACAGCGAAGCAGUCGCCAGUGCAGCCCACGCCGUCGCAGUGCACGCAGCGUACCACUUCCGCCAGCCCAUCUUCUUCACCAUCGACGACCAGCACCGCGAAGAAACCGUCCACUGUCCCGAAGCCACGACCGAGCCCAUCACCGCACUUUGCUGCGUACUCGUCGUCGCCAGGAGAUGUUGAAAAGGCCAUCAGGGAGAUGGAUUUGGACGGCGCAUUGGACGAAGCGCAGGUCACGUUCAAGGUGUUUGACCUGGGCGGCCAGUCCACCUUCUACAUCUUCCACCCUUUCUUCCUCACAGAGUACGCGGUGUACCUGCUGGUGUUCUCGAUGGAGGACCUGCUGCACCAAGAUGAGAGCAAGCGAGCUGAGACGUGGGAGUUUAUGGAGCAUUGGCUCUCCUCCCUCCACCUCCAUGCAAAAGGCGCACCCGUCCUCAUCGUCGGCACGCACGCCGACAAAGUGCGCAGCAGAACGCUUCACACACAGCUCUCCCGUGACAUCCACAGUCAUCUGCGUUACAACCCGGCCUUUCCUGGCGUCAUCCACAACGACAAGCGCAGCCUGUGGUUCUGGCCCGUUGACAACACCAAGUCCAUCCGUGAUCCCAUGAUCCAGGACCUGCGCCAGACCAUCUCCUCCACAGCCCUGGCGCAGGAGUACGUGAGCCAGGAGGUGGCUGUGCCAUACCUCCACCUCUACGACAAGCUCAACGCCAUCGCCCGCGACGAGAAACGACCUCUGCUCACCUUUGACGAGGUGGUGCAGAUUGCGCGCACCUGUGGGCUGCGCACGCGUGACGAGACGAGAGCCUGCCUGCAGUUCCUGCACCUGUACUCGAUGGUGCUGUACUACGACCACGUGCCAGGCAUGGAGGAUUUCGUGAUCCUGAGUCCGCAGUGGGCGGUGGACACGAUGACGCGCGUCAUCCGCAACUUUGACCUGCACCGCGAUGUGCGUGAUGGCGAGGCGAGGGCACUCGGCCCUGGCGUGUGGGACGAUCUCGUUGAUCGCGGUAUCUUGCACCGCCGUCUGCUGGGUGUGCUGUGGAAGGAUGUGCGGGAUGACAUGGUUGAGCCCUUCCUCCAACUCAUGAUGGAGUACGGGUUGUGUGCGGAAUAUUCACCCGCGACGAUGCAGGCCGGACAGCAACAGCAAGAACAGCAGCAGCAACAGCAGCAGUAUUUGGUGCCGUCCAACCUGCCCAUGACCCUGAAGGGAAAAGAGACAUCAUCGGCGAUACUGAGUACCACUGCAGCCAAAGAUGCCCACACCUACGACGCGUAUGAGGAGAAAACAGCCUACAUCACGUUCAGCCUGACUGACUUCAAGAAGACCGCGAGCGUGGGAGUUGAGGAUGCACAGCAAGCAUCGUUCCUGCCAGAAGGACUGUUCACAGUUGUGUUGGCACGUGUGCUGGAAGGUGUACAGUCAACAGCAGCACAGGAACCGAAGCUGAGCCGCACACACAUCAUCCUCUUCAUCGACACGACUACAGUGGAGCUGCAGCUUGUGCCCGCAGUUGGCGGCAUCAAGAUCAAGAUCACAAGCGAGCGACCUCGCACGCUGCUGCACGUGCUGUACGACAUCAUCACCACCGCCGCCUCACAGCGUUAUCCUGACCUCAAGGCCAACCUGUUGUUGCCAUACAACAAGAAGAAAUCGCUGUUCUUUGAGGACGUGCUGCACCACCACAAGAGCAAGCAGGACAUGUGGGUGGGUGAUGACUUGGUGAGGGUGAGUGAUCUGAGCACCAAGUAUCGCCCCUUGCUGCCAGUCCUCGGGCUGCAGGACAAGUACGACGCCUUCAUCAGCUACAGGCAACGCGGCAACCGGGGCCUGGUGUUGACCCUUCACCCAAAGUUGGAGCACCAUGGCUUGGUGGUCUUUGUGGACGCCAACAACCUCGAGGCAGGCGUCAACUUCAAGCACGCGUGCAUGACAGCUCUUCAGCACAGCGUGAUCGCCUGUCCCGUCGUGUCUGUCGCCGCCAUUUAUCAGAUGCGCUCGCUCGGCCACACUGACGUCUGUGACAACGUGCUGCUGGAGUGGAUGGCGAUGCUGGAGCUACAACAGGUAGCUCGCCAGCACCAGGACAAGAUCCGCCUCCGCCGCAUUGUUCCGCUCUUCGUUGGCAGCGCCUGGCACGACAGCAGCCACGCAAUGAGUGUGGCGUCGGCGAGCGAGUAUGACUCGCCCGAGUACAUGAAGCGGCUGGCGAUGAAGUUGCCGGAUGUGGUGAGCACGGAGACGGCGGCAGCGCUCGACGAGUACUUCACACAAGUGCUGCACCUGCGGCCUCCACAGCAGCACAAGAGCGUGCGUGAAGUGGUGCUGUCUCUGUUUGACAUGGACGGCGUCAUGUCACUCCAGCACCACGUUGACCGCGAAGCCGAUGCGGCGAGGAUGGCGAAGCACGUGCGCAUGGCUGUGGCCGCUGCUAAACGUGAUAUCGUCUCAUUUGAGGAGUGGCUUUCGUCGCUGCACCUCUCUGCCGAUGCGCGUGGCGCGCUCGCGGCCUUGGGGGUGACCAGCUUUGAGGUGUUGCGCGCGAUGAAGGAGAGGGGGCGCCUGACGGAAGAAGCGCUGACUGGCGUGCCCGUUGGUGCCGCUGCUCGCCUGAUCCAUGCCUUUGAAACCGGUGCCCGGGCAGCACCUGCACACGGUGAUGCUGCCGCUGAUGACGAUGACGAGGAAUCAUUUGCUUGAAUGACACGAGGAGUUGUUUUGUGUUUUGUUCUAUUGUUGAGUUCUUUUGGGCAUACACAUGCGCAAGCCA